UGAGCUCAAGGUAUGGGAAAAAAAAAAUAAAAUAUCCGAGCCAGCAUUUUCGAGAUGAACAGAACUCUGAGGAAUUCAGUGGCAUGUUAAUCCGCUAUUGUUGAGGUGGCGUGAAAUUUAUAAGGAAAUAAUUAUCUUGAAUUUGGCAACAGAGGUCUUUGGAGGGCUUGGGAAACAGAGGUACCUUGAUUUUACCUCACCCCAAAAUGCUCCUGAAACGUGGGUAUCUUCGCCGCUGAAGAUUGUGUAUAUAUAGGGGUGCCCCAGCACGAUGAGUCGCAGUUCUACAGUAAACGUUCUUAGGUGAAUCAGAGAAAUAAUGUUACGAUUAAUCGUCCUCGGGGCCCUGGCGACCCUCGUCACAGCCCAAUUCCAGCCGCAGCCCUCGGGCAGAAUUCUCGAGCCCCCGAUUCCACAACUGUGCGCCCAAAGAAGCAUCCACGAACGCUACAGCGGCAAGGGUUAUUACUAUUCCUGGGCAGAGCCAAGGACGGCAGGGCAAGAAGUCGACUGGAUAUCAGGUAGAAAUUUCUGCAGGAAACGUUGUAUGGAUCUCGUUUCCCUCGAGACCUCCGCCGAGAACGAAUUCAUCAAGAGUCGCCUGGUUCAGAACAACGUAAAGUACAUCUGGACGUCGGGACGUCUUUGCGACUUCAAGGGAUGUGACAGGCCCGACCUCCAACCCCUAAAUAUCAACGGAUGGUUUUGGACAGCUGAGCUGCAGAAACUCGCCCCAACCACCGAUCGCAACCAGAACGAUUGGUCGGAGAGCGGUGGUAUUGGUAAACCUCAGCCUGAUAAUCGCGAGGCCAUUCAGGGAGGAGCUCCUGAGAACUGUCUAGCUCUACUCAAUCAAUUCUAUAACGAUGGAGUUAACUGGCACGACGUAGCUUGUCACCACAAGAAACCGUGGGUCUGCGAGGAAAACGACUCGCUACUCAAAUACGUUCGCUUCACCAAUCCAAAUAUGCGUGUUUAAUAAAUUUAAUUAAUGGUCAACCGGUGAAAACAAGAGGUCGUGGGAAGUUUUAUUAAUCCCUCGUCGCUCACGUGAUUUUUUUUCUUUUUAUCAUUAGUUAAUUUCACAUUAUCAUUUUUCCGAUAAUUUUAUGGUAGUCAUUCCUUAAUUUUCUACUGCAUCCUUCCAUUUUCCUUUUUAUAAGAACAACUUUUUUUGGAAAAUCACGUGUGUGAUGGAGGAGUAAGAGGGGAAAAGUUGAAUUAAUUAUCAAAAUUGAGUCUUCGCUGAAUAUUUUGUGAGUGAAUAUUUUUGUGGAAACAUUUAUUGGGGCAAACUUUGCACAGCAAACAACUCUUGAUAGAGAUAUUUCUGAUGUUGAGUUGGCAGAUCCCGUUUUACUGAUUCGUUACUGCUCAUUUCGAUUUUUAGAAGUGGAUAAUUUCAAUGGGGCUAUUGAUAAGCGACUAAGUAACUUGUAUAGACAGUAUAUUUAUUGCGAUCAUUCUCAAGGCUUCCCGCGCUGUCAAUUAAUUACAAGAAAAUGUCGAGAAGCAGAAAAUAUUGUUUUUCUUCGGUGUGUAUUUUAAUCAGUACUUCCCUUUUAUUUCUAUUUAAAAACUUUGAUGAAAGACAAAUUCUAUUUGUAUAUGAUGAUAAUAAAAAAAGUAUUUACAAAA